AUGGCCCAGCUUUCGUGCCGGUUCUCCACCUGGUUUCUCAACAAAGGGGCUAAGCUGACUGACAUCACCUGUGGAAGUGGAAGACGUUCACCACGAGCAAUUCCUCUGAAGCUCGAGCUGCAGCUCCUGAUCCCUCGCCGGACUGGAUUCAGAGAAUACGUGCACAGAACGGAAGGACUCUACUUUGAGGGCAAAGAAUCCCUCAUGCUGGAAGUGACCGAGGCACCCGUGGGAGAGCAACAGGAGCAGGACCCCACCAACCUUUACAUCUCCAAUCUUCCUCUGUCCAUGGAUGAACAGGAGCUGGAGAACAUGCUGAAGCCUUUUGGUCACGUUAUUUCCACACGGAUACUGAGGGACGCCAACGGCCUGAGCAGAGGAGUCGGUUUUGCAAGGAUGGAGUCGACAGAAAAGUGUGACGUGGUGAUCCAAAAUUUCAACGGGAAAUUCUUGAAAACUCCUCCAGGCAUGACUGCCCCUGCAGAGCCGUUGCUGUGUAAGUUUGCUGACGGAGGCCAGAAGAAGAGGCAGACCCAGGUCAAGUAUCCCCAGAAUGGUCGACCAUGGACACGGGAAGGAGAGAGCGGCAUGGCAUUGACGUAUGAUCCCUCUGCAAUGCAAAAUGGGUUCUACUCUUCGCCGUACAGCAUCUCCACCAAUCGGAUGAUUGCACAGACGUCAAUCACACCUUUCAUCGCUGCCUCCCCUGUCACUACGUAUCAGGUCCAGAGUACAUCUUGGAUGCCACAUCAACAGUAUGUUAUGCAACCUACAGGAGCUGUGAUCACCCCAGCCUCGGCCAUAGAGCCCAGUUUGUCUCUUCACCCCUCCAGUGUAAUGGCUCCUCUCACCCAGCAGAUGAACCAUCUGUCUCUGGGCACUACAGGCACUUACAUGCCUGCUGCAGCUGCUGCUCCUAUGCAAGGAUCCUACAUUCCCCAGUACACUGCAGUGCCUGCCUCUGCCAUCACAGUAGAAGGCGUGGUGACAGACACUUCUCCACAGACAGCAGCCCCCUCCUCGCAGGACGCCAGCGGGCAGCAGCCUUUAUCAGUGGAGAGUACGGGAGAUCAUGCCACAGCUUACUCCUACCAGCAGUCGAAAUAACGAGAUUGGGAGGAAUCAUUGCUGCAUUGCCUUCAGAAGGACUGCACCGAGACGCUGGAGACACACAGAGAAUCAAAAUGAAAUGGGGACAAAAAAAAAGAGGUGACACGGGCAACACUGAGGGGAGAAUGCUUCCACUGUGCACAGGCACCAAAUACAUAACAAAAUGAAAAAAGAAAAAAAAACAAUUAUCUUUGCGACCUGGUUGAGGCAUAAAGAAAGAGGAAAAAAAGAAAUGAUGGCUUUCCAGACUUGAGGACAUGGAAAUCAAAUGCAGUCUGCAACUUUGAGUUCCUCACUGUAAGACUGGACUUUGCCUCUAAAGGAGAAAGCAAGGACAUAGACUGAAAUCUGAACUCAACCAACAAGCUGUACAGAAAAAAAGAACAUUUGAAUGUGCAGGUAGAUUUUCAGACUUUUUUAUAAAAAAAGAAGAAGGAAGCAAAGUCCAGAGGAAAAAAAGAGAUUGUCUUCCUUUGAUAUUAAGCUACAUUAUUUUCAUUCUUUUUAUUAUUUGAGUAGUUUUUUAGAAUAUCAAUGUUUUUCGUAAAUCUUUAUUGCCUUAAUUUUUCCAACUUUAGGGAAAACGUUUCCUGAGUGUUGAACCUAAAAAAAAGACUGAGUGGUUGAAUGAUUUUAGAGGUUCUUGAAGAUUUCCUGGAGCCUCAGAGAUGAAAUCUACAAAGCUAUCUGUACAGGAUUUUAAAAAUAAAAAGGUUGUAUUUGUAUGAAGAUGAUUUCUAAAUUAUGUGGUGCAGUGCAGCUGAUGUUGGUUGAUAAAAAAAAAAAAAGAAAGUUUAAAAAAAAUAAACAUCUUCCUUAUUGCGACUUUUGGGAAGGGUCAAUCCACUGCUUCCACAAAAAAAAAAAUGCGGUUGAGUUUAAUUAUUGGAUAACCGUUCUGUUUUUCCAUCACAUUUGUACUUUUUAUAGAUUUUAUUUCCCAAUUUGUUUCAGAUUGCAGCCUUUUUUUAUUGCCGUCAAAAGGAUUUUGCUUUGCUUGCUUUGCUUGUCUCACUGCAAAAAGAAAUGAAAAAAAGGAGCAAGUCUGACUUUGAGAAAAAGCAGAAAAAAAAACAGCUAGGAUUUUUAAAUGUGCAAAAAGCAAUAGUUUUAGUAAAACUGUUGACAGUUUCUUGAGUCUUUCUUAACUGUUGAACAAAAGCAGCCUACAAGGGGCAUAUUUUAUACCAAAGAUGAAGAAACUAGGUAGUGAAGAGAUCUUCUUGACUGUAUGUUGCUUUUUCUUUGUAUGUUUUUUUUUACCUCUUGAACUGAGAUUGUUCCUGCUCAUCAUGCUUUUUUUGGAAUAAGAUGAUCUUAUUAAUGACUAAGAAGAAGCAAAAGAUCUUGAACUCAACUUCCUCAACCAGAAGAAUGAACUGUUGUUGUCCAGGCAGGAACAUCUGUGGAGAAACCAGAUGCUCUGCGGAGUGGAGAAAGUAGAGCUGGGAAUGAGUCUGUAUACUUUGUUUUGAAGAGGCUGAAAGUCAAUUCUAUCUCGUGCAGUAUGGUGUGUACUCUUAGAACCCUGCAUCCCCCUCUCUGGGUCAAGCGGACCAUUCACAAAUCCUAAAUGAAGAUACUGAGGAGCUGUAAAACAUUGCAGCAUCAAGCAAAUUGUUCCACAUUUGAUUAUUUUCAUUCUCAGCCAACACAGCAAACUGUUUUGCGCCACUGUCUUGCCAUUCACGAGCCAUUUAAAAUGUGAGAAGAGGAUGAGUCUGUAGGAAGAACUCAAUCAUUUCAGCUUGUGCGUUUUCUUUAGGAGAAAUAUUUUCUUUUUUUGUGUUGCCUUUAUUUGAGAAUUGAUUAUGAUGUUUGAGCUGCUAAACACUUUUGAUUAUUGGGGAUUUGGGUUGUCUUGAGUUGGGUGGGUGUGGAAAAGUAAACCUCCAGAGUUAUUGUAACUGACCGUUUAAAGCCAAGGUAAAUAUGGUUAAUUGUAAUCCAUGACUUCAUGGAACAAAGAGCAUCCUAUGUUAUAAAAUGUUGCCUCUCUUUUUAAGUGAAAGAAGUUAAAUAUCUCCGGUUGUGGCCCUGGAAAAACUAGAUCUUUCACUCAUGAUAUAGGAACAAAAUGAGAAUCUUCAUCUUCUUUUGAGAAUAAAAAUAUUUGAGAAAUAGUUGUAUCUCUUAAACUUGCUCUGGAGGCCACCCACUAGAGCCUCACCUACCCGACCACCAAUAAAGGAAGCUAAUGGAGACAGAGGAACAGACGGAGGGAUGGUAACAGCAUGGUUCAACCAAAAUCAACCAUAUGAAAACCUCUAUGGGAGAAUUAAAUUAUUGAAAGAAGAGAAAGACUAGAGAUGGUGAAAACAAGAGUAAUAUUUAUGAGAUGUUUUUUUGUACAGGUGUGUAAAAGAAGAUGCAACAGAAAUAACUUUGAUGAUGCUAUUUUUUUAUUUGCUUGGUCACAUGCCUCCCAUGUCUUUCAAAUUGUGAUUCUGAGAGUGUCUGUAGAACCAGUGGAUAUUGCUGUAGUUUCAAAUGUCUUUCUUUUUUCCUUUUGGAUUUCUUUUUAGAAAAAUCUUUCAAUAAAAAAAAACGUUUAAAACAG